AUGUCGUCCGCAUCACAGCCCGGCGGCCAAAACGAGGCGCAGCAUUACAGCGAAGCCCUCGAGCUCGACGAGGCACGCCUCCAAGCCGCUACCGCCUCCGAUCAGGGCGAUGUCUUUGUGAUCGAAUGGCUCUCGAAAGCGGAGCAGGCUCUCCUCAAGGCCGACGUUGACACGAUCAAAUCGAGUCAGAGCAGCUUCGAAGCCACGAUCCUCAAACUCGCAUGUCCAAGCGUCACCUUUGGCAAGAGCGACGACAAUGCCAUCAUCGUAACUCCCAACACCGCCAUACCGCGUCCAGGCAGGCCCACUCGACGUCUUCUAGCUCGUUGCGUCCUUGUGCUCUUCCGUCGCAUCGACUCGCGUUCUCUCUUCGAUGUCCUGCAGAAUCUCAUUCGCGUCGCUGGAGAAGAUGCCAAGGGCAGGACAGCCGAACGCGAGGUGCGUGUCGCUGCUCUCUACAUCCUCGGCGAGGUCUUUGGCUCGCUUGGCCAGCAGAUCAUGUCUCUCUUCAACGACAUCGUCAAUCUCGCCCAAAAAGUGUUCAAACAGUCAAGCCACCCCGUCAUUCUCCGCUACCACGCGCUCUUGGCGCUCCAGAAGACGCUCACUGUCGCUGGUAAGAGUUUGGGUGAUCAAGCAGGCAAGGAUCUCAUCAAGGCGCUUCGACAGGGCCUUUCCGAUCGUGCAGGCGCGGUUGUGCGUGGAUGUGCAGACAGCAUCCUCGCCAUCGUACACCAAGCUCAGCUCAUUACGACACGCAACGAGGUCGAGAAUCUCGUCUCGCCCGCCCUCAAGGCAAUUGAAUCGGCUGACUUUGUCACCAAGCGCGCCCUCAGCCGCAUGCUCGCCGGCCUUCUCGCUUCCACCCAAGUCGAACAAGCCCCACCCGCCCCGGCUCCAGCCAAGAAAACGAGCAAGAAGAAAAAGGAAGGCGGCGCGGACGACGAUUCGGACGACGACGACAACGCUAAUUCAGCAGCCUCAGCUGCAGCAAGUGCUCCUCGCGCCAUGCUGACGCCGGUGGGCAUGCUUGACCAGCUUUCGUUGCCCUUCCUGCGCAACUCCACCGGCCGCAAAGCUCGAGCGGCUCUUCUUGACGUCUACGCAACGCUCUUCGAGACGCUCGGCUCCGCUUGGGUCAACACCAACUAUGCCGCCAUCCUGAAACAUCUCAUCGACGACCUCCCCAACCACUUUCGCGGUUCGUCCCCCACGCGUGCCGAUGUGCUCAACGUUCGCACCGGUGUCACGCUCAUUCUGCGCAAACUCGUUGGGGAACACAUGCUUGGUGAGCAGGCGCAGGUGCUGGCCAUUCAAGAAAUUUGCGUCAGUUACCUCAAAAAGUGGCCCGCCGUCAUGCCAGAGCAGCAGCCCCCUUCCAAAACUACACUGACACUUGCUCUCGCUGAAAUCUCAGGUCUGCUUGUCCAGCUCGGCAGCGUGCCUCCUCAGGUGCUCGAUGCCGCCUACGACCCGCUCAUUCGUUGCCUUGCCCAUCCCAGCCACUCGGUGCAGGUGCAAGCCUCGUGGUGUCUGAGGACCUUGUGCCAAGUGUCCCCCGUCCACCUCUCGCCCACGCUAGCAGCCGUCCUCGAGCUGCUUAAUCGUGAUCUCACUAUGCUCGCCAACGGCGGCGGCUCGGUUGGCGCCACUCAGCUCUCGAAGCGCGCCAACGGACAUGCCAAGGGUCUCGCCGCCCUCAUCAGUGUCAUUCCGCAACGGCCUCUGUACACGUCGUUUGCAAUUAGCUCCAAGGUGCUCUCACUCGCCAUCCAGCUGCUGAAAAAUAGUGGCAACCACGAUCUCGGCGUCUCGGCUGUCGAGAUCUCGGUCGCCUGGACACUCGUCGGCUCUCUCACCUCGCUCGGCCCCAACUUUGUGCGCCUUCACCUCCCGCAGAUGCUCAUCCUCUGGCGCAACUCGCUUCCCAAACCUACUUCCAAGGACACGGCACCGGGUCCCUCGACCCGUUCCGACGCCGAAUGGGGCUUCCUCCUGCACGUGCGGGAAUGCACGCUCACCUCGAUCUUCGCUUUUCUCCUUCACAACGGCUCGACCCUCGUCACCCUCGAUACUGCGCGCAGGCUCGUGGCACUUCUUAGCAAUACACUCGCCUUUGUCGAUGGCUUCGCCGCCCAGAAUCCGCACCUUUUGCAGGAGCACACGCCAGGAGCCGAUCGCAACACGCUCUCGCUCCUCGAUCGAGAGUUUCUCUUGCGACGCCGUCUCCUGCAGUGCCUUACCGCUUUGGCUCAUAAUCCGGCCAUCGAGCCUAUGCAGGCAGGUCUCGUCAGGACCACCAUCCAGACGUUUGCUGACCCGGACCGUUACAUUGGCAGCUCAGCUCAGGCCGCUAUUGCCGCUAGUGCAGGCAACUUUACCAGCGUGUGGGAGAUGGCCGAUGGCUACGCAUUUGGCGUGACCAGCUUACAGCGCGAUGCCGAGACUUUUGCAUCUGACCCUGUCGGCGGUCUUGCCGCCUCCAGUGCCAUUGCUCGUCCCGACUUGCUCAACCGCGACCUGGUGGAAACGCAGCUCGACGCACUUCAGAGGCGUCCUGUGCUGGGUGCCCCCGAACAUGACGAGCUCUUUCUCUACUCAACGGUUCGCUCUUCGGCGUCCCAUCGGCCUUCGCAGCACUCAGCUGCCUCUGGCAAUUUCGCAGAAGCUCCAGAGUCGGCUACACUGUCCCCGCCCGCCGGAACUGGCGUUGUCGACGCGGGCAUUCAGCUUUUCACCGCUCUCUUCCCCUAUCAGGAGCGAGACGUGCAGGUGGCCACGAUCGAGGCGAUGCUGGCUCACACCAGAAGCACCAAGCUCGACAGAAACCCUGGACGCAAGCAGGCCAUCCAAGUCAAUGUGGUGGUCGCCAUCCUUGGCGCGCUGCGCGUCGCAGUGCAAGGUGGUACGGGCGCCAAUGGCAAGCGGCCGAGCGGCUUCAACAACGAUCGCCUCAGCUCGGCUAUCAAGGACCUAUUGCAGGAUGCGCUCCUUCAGGCCGACCCUGCGCUGCGUGCCGCCGCCAGCGAGGCAUACGGAAAGCUUGCGGCGGUGGCCGGGUCGCAGGCCUUGUCCAGUCAGGUGCAAUUCCUCGUCGACCAGAUCGUGGGCAACCGCGAUCCGGAUGCCCGUGCCGGCUGCGCGCUCGCCUUUGGUGCCGUGUACAAGGAGGUGGGUGGCCUGGCCGCUGGUCCGUUGACCAAGACCAUCGUCAACGUGCUCAUGUCACUCUCCAACGACCCGCACCCGACGGUGCACUACAACGCCUUGGAAGCGCUUCACCUCGUCAUCGAUUCAGCGAGCCUGAGCUACAGUCCCUACGUCGCUAGCACGCUCGGCAUGCUCGUCAAGCUGUACAUGCUCGACACGCACGAGCCCGAAGGUGGCAGCGCGGGAUCCGUCAACCUGCGCGCUGAUCUGCCGGCCCACCAGGCUGUUUGCCGUGUCGUCAACGCUCUGAUUGGUGUUCUGGGUCCCGAUCUGCAGGAGUCAGCACGGGUCCGUAGCCUCGUCCACUGCUUGCUGUACGAGUUCUCACGCGAGACCGACCCCGGCGUCAUCGUUGAAUCGACCAAGGCUCUGCAGCACUUUGGUCUCUUUGCGGCCCAAUAUGUCGACGUCGCAGCGUGGAUCGCACAGCUGCGCAAGCAGCUGACAGGUAAGCAGCGCACGCUUAAACUCGCUGCCACCAACGCCUUCUAUCAGCUCGUACAGCGCGAGGCGCUGGCCAUGAGCCGCAUCGGAGGCGACCAGCUUGUCGAGGAAUUUUUCGCCCAGCUCGACGAGGACCCCAAGCUCGACGGCGCUCGCGAGGUGAUCCUCAGCUGGCUGCAAAAGACGGCCGAUUUGGCGCCGAGCGGCUGGAUCGACUUGUGCCAGCGCAUCAUGUCGUCGGUGCCCAGUCGCAAUACGCCAGAUGCAGCUGCCAAGGGCAAGGAGGCGCUUCCAAGCCUCGCCACCAUGCUACAGGACGAGGAAGCGGCGGCCAUCGACCUCGGCAACGACGCCAGCACGGUCAAGCUCAACGCCACGGGGGGCAGUCGAUGGCGAACGCAGCUGUUCGCGCUUCGUUGCCUGCACCAGGUGUUUGUGACCGUGCGUCAGGCUGGCAAGCUCGAGCACUUUAGCACGCCACCUGGAGCGGGCGAAAAGGGGCAGGCAUCCUCGCAGCGUCGACUGCUCAUGAGCAACCGCGUGGUCGAUCUCAUCCGCAUGGCUUUCAGUGCCAGCACCUCGGCCAACAUCGAGAUCCGUUUAGAGGGUCUGGUGGUGCUGCGCGACGUGAUUGAGUCGUUCCGGCUCGCGCGCGACCCAGACUUUGAGGAGGCGCUGCUUCUGGAACAGCAUCAAGCACCCAUCGCAGCCGCCUUGACGCCAGCCUUCUUGGCGGACUCGACGCCCGAGGUGCUGGCCUUGGCCGUGCAGGUUUGCGCGAUCUUUGUAGCCUCGGGUGUGAUCAAGGAGGUGAGCCGCAUGGGUCGAAUCCUCAAGCAGCUCGUAUCUGCGCUCGAUAAUUGCAUGCAGCCCAGCAUGACGCAGCUUGGCGACGUCAAGGAUCUCUCGCAGAAUGCCAACGCCAUGCUCAAGAUUGCUGUCUUCACUGCCUGGGCCGAACUUCAAACGGCAAGCGCUACGCAGAAGUAUCUCGAGGAUGUGGUUAAGCCGCACGUGGCGCGCAUUGUUCCGUAUUGGAUCGCGUGUUUACGCGAGUAUGCCAAGAUCCGAUCGGACCCGGAGAUGGACGCAGGCGGAGCACCUGGAGGCCCAGGACCUUCGAUCAAUGCUAGUCUCGACUCGCAGUACGCUGGGCUGGCGCGCGAGGUGGUGCUGCCGUAUCACGAGCGUUCUUGGCACACCAUUCUACAGGCAGUAACGGGUCUGUUACACCAAAGCGAUGCGCGCGCGCUCGCAGCGAUGGACGGCGAGACGGUGCCUACCACGGAGGGUUCAUAUCCGGCGGCACCCAAAACGCGAAGCGAGCCGUGCCUGUUUUUCUUUGUUCUGUAUGGUCUAGCGUUCGAGGCGCUGGCGACACGAUCGUCGAGCAGCUUCGAGUCGGUGCAAGAGGGCAAGGUGAUGCGGAUCUCAUUGCGCGCCAUGACGGCGCUCAGCAAGCCGGAGGUGGCAGGUUCGACGCUGUUGCAGGACACGCUAUUCUCGGAGUUGUGUAAUUUGUGGUACCGUCUGGUGAUGACCGAGCCUCCAGCGGUGCAGGUGUCGGUACUCGAGACAAUUGGUGGCAUGGCAGCAUCGUACGGCAAGCUGCUGCUGUCUGCUGAUGACGAAGCCGCUGCUGAAGCAGGAAAGCUGCCGAAAGAGGCCAAGCUGAGCCAAUGCUUGCGCGUUGUUGUCUGCGUGCUGCAGAAUGUGCGCACUACUCGUGGCUCGGUGGAGGAGAAAAGUGCGCUGCUGCGAGUUGCGUACUCUGCGUACAUCGGCAUCGUGGGCCUGUACCCUAAGAUGCUGCAGGAAGAUCUGUUCGCCGUAGGCUUCUACACGUAUGCAGAGAUGCUCAAGGACGAGACGUCCGAGCAGGAUCUCGUCGGCUCGUCGCUGGGCUCGCUCAAAGACCUCUGCGAGCGCUCGGCCAAGUCUGUGAGGCCCAACAGCGAUGUGCUGCAGCGUGCGAUUCACGGUUUCCUGUCGCAGGCGCUUCAGCACGUCGACGACUUGCGCACGCGGGCUGGGCGAAUCGCACUCAACAAGACGAAAAACAGUCUGCUGGCGGUGGUGGUGGUGCUCACGUCGAUCCCGGUCAACGUCAAGGUGUCACAGGCGGUGGCUGAAUAUGCAUGCUACCUGAUCGUGCAGAAGGUGCUCUUAUUUGAGGAGGAGGUGGAGCAGUGGAAACAGACGAGUCAGGCGAAGAGCGGGGAUGCGCAACCGCUGGGCGAAGGGGUGGAGGAGAUUGGGUUGACGGCAGUCAACUGUGCAAGGACCGUGGUGCUUGCGUCGUCCAGGGGUAAUGCGGCAUUGCUGUAUUGUGUUGGGCAGCUGUUGCCCGGCCUUAUCGAAUUUGUCUGUCGCGCUGGGCCGCUAUUUGCGACGUGGAGCAAACCUCGCACGGGAACUACGCCCAUGACAGCUCUGCGCAGCGCCCUCGAGGACGUGAUCAAGACGUUCGCCGGCUUAGUGGCUGUGCUUCCCAACGAGGGGGAGUUCCGCGCUCAGGCACUUGCGAUCAUCUUGCCCACGUUUUUGGUGCUGCUUUCGCCCUCGACCGUCACGGAGCUGCACACGUUCACGGUCAGGCAGCUGAUCACGUUGGCCGGUCAGCACGCGGCCGCGUUCAAGGAGGCGACGGCAGCGUUAGAUGCAGAGCGCAGGGCGUUGUUAGAGAAUGCAAUUCGCGCGCAGUUGGGUCAAUCGGCGGCGGCUUCAGCUGCUGGUGCGGGAGGUGCGGCAAGUGGGGCGGGGGGCACAGGGACCAAGCAGGCGGCUAGCUCGAUUGCGCUCAAGUCUUUUGGUGGUUAG